AUGAUGCCAAGAUUGCAAUUUUUAUCACUCUCCAACAACUAUUUGAAUGGUACAAUUCUAGCUUCUUUAUGCAAGAUUGUAUCUUUUAAAAUUCUUCUUCUUUCGAGAAAUCGUCUGUCGGGAAGAAUACCUUCAUGUUUGGGAAAUUUGAGAGAUUUAACGGUGAUUGAUCUUUCAUAUAAUAUGCUGAGUGGCUAUGUUCCAAUGUCCUUGGGUUCUCAACACUUUAUUGCUUCACUGUGUGUGCAAAAAAAUAAUCUUCAAGGGAAGAUCCCAAUGUCAUUGAGGAAUCUAGUGUACGUGGAGGCUCUUGAUCUUAUCAUGAAUGCUUUUGAUGGUUUUAUUCCUUGGUGGAUAGGUGAAAGCCUAUCUGCAUUGAAAAUGCUCAGUCUUCACUCCAAUAAAUUUGAAGGUGAGAUUCCUUUGCAGCUUUGUCACCUUGCUUCUCUUCGCAUAUUGAACUUGGCAAACAACAUGAUGACUGGAAUCGUUCCUACUUGUUUUGGCAAUUUUACUGCAAUUUCUACACAUGAAAACAACGGAAUUUGGGACUAUCAUACUUAUGCAUUGGAUGGGUCUUUCGAAGGAGAUGUCUAUGGUGAGAACCUUCUGGUUUAUAUAAAAGGAAUACAGCUUGAAUAUAUUAGAGCACUUGCAUUUCUCUAUUCCAUUGAUCUUUCAGGAAAUAACUUUGUUGGAGAAAUUCCAAAGGAGUUGAUGAAUCUUUUAGGUCUACAAAACCUAAAUCUAUCUAUGAACAAAUUAGAUGGGCAUAUUCCCUGGAAUAUUGGCAAUCACUUGAAUUUGUCAUUCAAUCACUUAUCUGGACGAAUUCCAAAGGGAAACCAACUUCAGACUUUGGAUGACAAAUCCAUCUAUAUCGGCCACGAUGGACUUUGUGGACCUCCAUUGAAUAAUUGUUCAGAUGAAUUGCCUAAAGGUCAUAAAAAAGGUGGCACUACGAGGAAAGAUGACUCUGAAAUGCUUUGGUUCUACCGUGGUAUGGGAAUUGAUCUCGUGGCUGGAUUUGUUGGAGUUUGUAGCAUUUUGUACUUCAAGGACCCGUGGAGGUAUGCUUGGUUUGGGUUAGUUGAGAGAGUCUACAACAAGCUUUGGGUAACAGUUGCAAUUAAGGCAAAUCAACUGAAGAGAAAGUUUCCAAGAAACAGGUUUGAAGAGAAUGCAUGA